UUUUCAUACAUUUGCAAAUCAGUGUUUCUCCUACCAUUAUAUGGGGGGUUUUCAUGCCUGUCCCCCCCCCCCCCAAACACACGCACACAUACACACUUUAAGGUCCGGAAGGGGAAAAAAAAAACAGUAGUGCGGUUCUAUUGUAAAAAUUGUUAUAAUUAUUGUUAUUAUUUAUUUAACACACUCAGGUCACCGACCCCCCCCCACAGGGGACUUUUAGGACUGUUAGUAAACACGCAUAUAAAGCUCCGCGAGUUUUUGGGUGAGAAACAUUCAAGUAACACCACUAGAAACCUUGAAUCUUCUAGUUUUCAAAAUGUAUAUCUUUAAAACAAACUUUUAUCUUUAGCACUUUGUAAAGAGAAUAAAAACAAAUCUUACGAAUUUCAGUACUUCAGCCAGCAGCAGCCUCUUAACGACACACCCAUCAGCUAUUCACGUGUUAAGCGCAUGGAACAUCAGUGUUGUCAUUCGCUCAUUGUGUAGCAAGGGGAGGUGAGAACACGCCCCAUUUCACCGGUAUAAACAAGUUCACUUGUUUCCAUACCAACUGAGAAACUUUGAGGAAUGGCCAAUGCAAGGAAGAUGUAGCCUGCUGAAGCUUCACUGCUGAUCCUGGAUCAACUCGCUCUGGAGAGUGAGUCAGAUGAUGCAAUGUCAGAUGUAUCCAGUGAGGACAGCGAUGAUGAACGAAUGCAUUUUGAACUUCGUCUUGAUCCCACCAAGGAUAUUUUUGAUGACAAUGUGGAGAACAUCCCACCGGUGCCAGCUAGGAAGAAAGCAUGGUGUCAGGCCAAACAGCAUCCACUUUCAUGGAAGACAGAAAGUGAUGCAGAUACCACUCUACCACCACUGCGGUUUCUUCGAGCCUGGUGUGCAGCUGAGCACAGAGGACAACCACACUCCUCUGGACCUCUUCAGGCUGUUCAUUUCAGAGGAUGCUGUGGAAACCCUCUGCCGCAACACCAACAAGCAAGCUGCCAGGAACAUCGCAAGAAGGGCAAAGUACAGAUGGGUGGAUGUUGGAGUUGCUGAAUUUUACAGAUACCUUGGACUGGUGUUCUAUAUGGGCAUGCUCAAGCUGGGUCACAUCACUGACUACUGGAGGAGAAACAACAUUUUCUCUGUUCCUUUCCCAGCAGAGGUGGUGACAAGGGACAGGUACAGAACAAUCUUUUGGAAUGUGCACAUGAGUGACCCAAAUGAAGACAGAGGGAAUGACGCUAAAAGGGGAACCUCAGCACACGACAAACUGUUCCGUGUCAAACCCCUCAUGGAUACCAUCCAGAUUGCAUGUAAGGCAUUCUAUCAUCCCCACAGGAGCCUUUCUGUGGAUGAUUGCAUGGCGCCUUCCAGAGGCCACACUAUGAGACAGUACAUGAAGGACAAACCAACUAAGUGGGACUUCAAGUUGUUUGUUCUUGCAGACUCCAGCAAUGGGUACACUUUGGACUUUUCUGUAUACAAAGGAAAGAGCAACCUCCCCACAGGUCAUGGCCUUUCUUAUGACUGUCAUGUCGCUGAUUGACAGAGGAUAUUUGGGGUCUGGAUACCAUGUGUACAUGGACAAUUUCUACACAAGCCCAAAGCUUUUCAAGGACUUGUAUGCUGCCAAGUUUGGUGCUUGUGGAACAUACAGAGAAUCCCAUAGGGAUUGCCCACGCAGUGACGUCAAUGCACUCAGAAAGUGUUCACCCAGAGGAACAAUCCGCUGGAUAAGAGAUGGUCCUCUUGUCUAUGUGAAGUGGAAGGAUACACGAGAAGUGUCUGUCUGCUCCACCAUCCAUGCUGCCUACACUGGGGAUGCAGUGCAGCGAAGAAUGAAAAGCAGACAGGGUGUCUGGUCAAGACGGUCUGUUCCAUGCCCCAACCCUGUGGUAGAGUACAAGUUCAUGGGUGGUGUGGACUUGUCUGACCAGUUGAUCCAGUACUACACAGCACAAAACUGAAGUGGUACAAGAAGCUUUUUCUUCACUUCCUGUACAUUGCUGCAACAAAUGCCUUCAUCCUCCACAAAGAACUCAUGCAAAACAUGCAGAAGAAAAGCCUGAGCCACAGGGAUUUCAUAGAGGAGCUCACUGCACAGCUGUGUGGUGUGCCACUAUGUUUUGAGGCCCCAAAGGCUCCUCUGAAGAAAGUUGGCAAGGCUCACAAGCCAGUUUGUGAGAUUGAGCUGAACACAAAUGGGAAUAGGGCCAGUGAUGGUCACAGAGCCUGUGUGUACUGCAGAUUGCAGGGAAGGAAAACAAAAACCCUGUGGAAGUGCAAAACGUGUGAUGUUUUCCUUUGCCUUCAACCUGACAGGAACUGUUAUGAUGCUUGGCAUCCAGAUGAGGACUGCGAUGAGGAUUGACAGCAGAGAGCCACAAUCCAGGGAUGAUCAUUAGCUAUUGAACAUUUUAUUGAGUAUCUUACAGUUGAAGAGGGCAUAUUUAUUAUAAGAUUUAGAAGAAGCCAGAAUAUUUAAUCUGUGACUGUGAUAGCUUUGGCUUUUAGGGCUUCUUUUCUUUGCAGUAACUUUCCAAGCAGAGAGGUGCGGGGGCACGGAGGUACAGUGGCCAGGGUCUUUGUCUUUGACAAAUGGACUAUUGACAGUGACGGGGGGAGGGGGGAUUACAGGUGAAUUACACCUACCUCAUCAAUAUUAAUUUGAAAGGCCAACUGGCUUUGGAGAAACAAAGGUAGUCUGAAGUUUCUACAAUUAGUAUUGAAACUACAUAACAUUUCUGAAUACUGUUCUUACUUUUAUGUAGCCAACACCUAUGUUUACAGGGUUCAGACUUCAAAAG